AUGUUUUGGAGCCAGAAACAUCUCAAGACUAUCAAAGAUGCGAGAGUAAGGGUCAACGAGUUUCUGAAGUUUCUCCACGUCGUGUUGGAGGUUCAUCAAUUUCUAUUGCUGUGGGCUGCACGGGAACGAGCGUCCAGACGGCCUUGGAGAAUUCGAUCACCUUGAUAAUGGAAUCCCAAAGGGAUGAUGAAAAGGCAGUGUGGCCUAAAGAGCUUGUGCUAGCAACUGACAGGGCUUUUGCAUCUCUCGCUAUUGAAAGCUUGUGAGAGACGAUUCACAAUGAAGGGGAGUCUCCUGGGACUCCAAGCUGUCAUCAGGAGAAUGCAGACCUUGUAGCAAAUGGUGUAUUGCUCAAGACUAGACUUUCAAAUUAUGACAAAUCAGAUAGGUCUAAAGAUGCCAAGGUUCGGAUUGAUUAGAGAUCCUCAUCAAGUGGCAACAGCUACCCGACUUUGAAGCCAUUUGGGAACUGGUUUCUGCCCUCCAGCUCAAUUACCCUGCCUUCCACUUUAGGACAAGGUGGAACAGAUGGGGGGUUAUUGUUAGGCUCUUUCCUAGUUCUCCAUUUGGGUCACUUAUUGGGCCUGAGCAAGGACCAACGACCCAAACCCGUUUUGGAAUUAGUUACCACCGUAAAAGAAAGAAUGAUGUAAGGGAGGACUGAGGGCAAGUUGGCCCGUGGCCCACUUAUAGAGUAAGGGUACAAGGUCCCGUGAGACCCCCACUUUGGGGCACUUUUGGAAGAAGUCAGUAGGAGAGGGGUGCUCUCGAACUCGUCCCCGUGCUCUAAGGUUUCCUCCGGAAACCCCUUUCUGUUCUGUUUCUCUUGGUUAUAUUCCUUUGUCGAUAUCAUUGUUCUGUUGUUGUUUUGGUCCCUGUUGAGGACGAACUCGAGAGCAACACACUCUCCUGCUGACUUCUUCCAAAAGUGCCCCCACAGUAGGGGCCCAGGGGUCCUUGUAAGUGGGCCAUGGGCCCACUUGCCCUCAGUCUCCCUUACAUCAUUCUUCCUUUUAUGGUGGUAAAUAAUUCCAAAACGUGUUUGGGUGUGGUUCUUGCUCAGGCCCAGUAAGCAGCCCAAAUGGAGAAGUAGGAAAGGACCUAACAAGAGAUGCUGACCAUAUCAAAAUAGGAGCUUCACUCAUAACAUGACAAUGGUGUGUAACAUGAUUUACAGCCAAAACAUUAAAAGCUUGCUUCUUUCAUCUACUCGAUAUGAUAACCACUGUUAUCAUAGUCUGUUAAAUCAGGUUGGCCACACUUAUCACUCAGGCCCAAUCCAAUCUUGAAUAAAUCUACCAAGCUGAAGGAAAAGGUCAGUCCAAUGGAUAUUCUUCCGUUCAAUUUGACUUCUGUUUCGAUUAGAAUUCUGGAAGAGGACAAAACGAAACAUAAAAUCCAGUUCAAAGAGUCCAAUCUUAGGCUUAGGCAAAAUAUAGAAUGAGUAA